UUUCAACGGCAAUUAACUGGUGAAGUGUGGCAAAGGAAAUGUUUUGAUUUUUCGCAAGUUUUUAAAGUAUAUUAAGUAUAAUGGAUAAUGCUUUAACCCCGAAUAAGAUCCAGCGAUUGAUUCAUUUUGCCGAAGACAAGUCAUUCAAUUUGCACCGCCGAGUGCUGACAACUAAUGAUGAAACUGAAAGUGCUGUCGGGCGUGAUCAAACAACUUUUAACCAAACAGACACUAACUGUGUAUCGUCUGGAAUACUCGACUUGGAAAAUAUCGAAGGUUUUGGUGAAUCUGGUCUUGCAAGUAUUUCAUUGAGCAAAUCAAAUGCCUUCAAUCCUGGUGAAAUGACAGGCCGAUCCACAGAAGCAGAUAAUGCCAAUAGUGACCCUGGGUCCUCUAGGGCUUUUGAAGAGUAUGGCCGUCACUCAAUGUCCUUGGACAAUAUCACAAGCCACAUGGACAAGCAGACUUGUGAAAUACAGGACCUGAUGAGACACUCUAUUGCUACUAAUUAUUCCUUUCACUCUAAGAAAGAUUUAACUGCUGCAGAAGCAUCAUUUGUAAUGAAGGAAGGGCGCUUGCCUGUACCACAGAGUGCUCAAAUCAACAUUCAGGACAGCAUGUCCAUGACUGGGACAAACAUAUCAGCAUAUUUCAAGAAUCGAUGUCCUGAAUUUGGAAAAAUACUUAGUCACACUGACAGCCCAGAUAGGGGGGCAAGCAUUACAGAGGUAUCACCACUGGGAUUUCAAGAUGCCUUACAAAUUAAUCCAAACAGUACCUACAAUAUGGAUCAAAACUUGGACUGUGUGCCAGUUAGACAGCCACGCGAAAAGAAAAGCCCUCAGCCUCAGGAAAAGCCCAUUGCAACCAAUUUGUUCCCAAGCAAAGGAGAUUCACCCGUCUUUGCCUUACCAAAAUCCCCACCUAAUAAAGUUACAAAUACUGUUCCUAAACUGCCUAUAGGGGGUAGUAAGACAAUAAAUCAGAUGUCAAGUCAGAAACCGUAUAUGAGUACAACCAAGCCCACGGAUAUGUUGCUGAGAAAUGUGCAGACUAUGAACUUGGCAUCUGAUGAUACUGAUUAUUCUAUGGAGAAUUCGUUGAGUAUUUCUAAAAUUGCCGACUAUUUAGGGAAGGAAUCAAACAUCAGCAUAUCUGAAAUGAUGAAACUAAACAAUCGCGCCAAACAAGUUAACAAAAAGCAACCUCUAACAGAACUGCAGGUCAAUAUUCUGGAGAAUAAAGAUUCAAAUAAGGAGAUAUAUGUAACAAAUCUCAGAGACACUAAAAACGCAGACACAGCAAGUUCUUCAGGCACUCUAAAUACUGUGAUUUCAGUUGAAAAACUCAAAUUAAGUGGAAAAAACGUAAAUCCAAGUAUAACUGUCACCCGUUCUUCUACACAAAGUCAAAAUGACGAAGAAGAGUUAAAAAGCCCUAGAAUGACCCGCUCUAAAUCACCGUCGAGCAGAAGCCAGACUACCCUCAGUACUGUACAAGAUAAUAUUGCCAGUUUCAAAUCUGGGAGCAGUCCACUCUCUAUUAGCAAAGUUUCAGGCGACGCUAACGCGUCUCGCAUCCCCUCCCCGACUAUAAAGUAUAGGGAGUUAGAUAAUUCCGUAAAUUGGGAGGAGGUGCUUUGCCGAAAGCGCUUCACUCGAGAGCAGCUGGCUGAAGAGCCAUGGGCGGCAAUCACAACGAGUCGUGUCGAAGGUUUUGUUGGUGUAAGCGUCACUGUUAUCAUCUCAGUGACAAUGCUAACCGACAAUUGGCUGACCGGAAGGCUCCAGUUCGACGAUCUGCCCAACAUUAGCCAGCAUCUGAGUAUCGAGUUACCGCGCCACCCUCUACUCCUGUCGCCGAGAAAAACCGAGAAACUCACGAUCAACAUCACUUCUAACAUAGAAAUGGAUAGAUCCUUACCAUUUACAUUGUUCCUCAAAGAUACCUCGAUAGAUAUUGAGGCUGAAUAUAAAGAAAACGUGGAAGUUAGCUUCAAGCUGCCUAUGAUACAAGCACUGUCUUGCGAUGGGGUGAACAGAGUUACCUUCCCACCGAUACAAGAAAAAUCUUCACUCACCAAAUAUUUUGUACUCAUAAGUGACUGCCCAGUUGACUUACAAUUAGAAUUAUCGAUUCCAAUGAAAGAAAACAUGUUCUAUAUCAAGGCUGUUCAAGAAAUUAAGAAGAAUGAUAUCAAUAAGGUGCUCACGGAUCGUUCUCGGUGUGUAGAUGAGGGUCAAGCGAAUGCUAAGAAGGGAAUUAGUAAACAACUGUGUAGACUAAGCAGUGGCAAUGCUAUUAAGGUUGCUAUAACAUUUACCUCGCCGAAGUUAGCUGAAUUGAAAAUGAAUGAUCAAAUGGAUCAAACGGCCACGUUCGAGAGCACUCUCGUGGUGGCAAUGAUCGGCAUCGGCACUGUGCUGAAGAGAGUGAGCCUCGUCGGGGCAGUGGGCAGCGCCAGUCUAGCCGUGCGGCCGCCGGUCGGCAAGCUGUUGCUUACUAGCGAACCCAUAAUACUAAACUUGUGCAACACGGGUACCAUAACUGGUGUUUGGGCGGUGAAGUUCCGGAGUAAGACCAGCACUGAGGGGCAGUAUCCUUUCAAAGCAUCCGCCACCAAAGUCGAGAUACGCCCUGGAUGUACGAGCCAAUUGAAACUGGUGUAUUUUGGACCCCCUGAUACUUUGAAUGAGGGGACAUUGAUAUUAGAAGAUACAUCAAACGGUAACAUAGCUGCAAUUGAAAUCGUAGGCGGAUCGGAUAGACCCAAAACUUUCCCAAUCAAAACAAAUUACAAAAAUAUGUCAUGGGUCCGCGCUGGCAGGAAAGAGAUAAGUUUGAAGAACUCUACAAACCAGAAGAUUCAAAUCCGAUGUCAAAUCAUGGGGGACGGAUUCAUGUUGGAUAGUCCGGGCGUUGAAUCCAGAGGAACGUAUGUGCUGUCGUUCAGCCCCUGCGAAUGCAGACCGUUGCCGAUCGUCUUCGCUCCGAAUUCUUAUCUGCCACACGCGGCGGCCUUGCAUUUAGUGUUCGAUAAGAACAGCGAUUAUUCUAGAAAGAUCAAACUUCACGGCUGUGCCAGCAACGACAGCGUCCGUUGGUCGGGGCUCAUGACGUACGGCGACACGGCGCUCGUGCGCGCAGUGUCGCGCGCCAGUAUAGAGUUGAACCUCUUCAACAAAGCCUCCGCGCCCGCUUUCCUCUCCGCUCGCGUGCAGUUUAACUUACAAUACAGAUUCCUAGCGGAAGAAUCGGAACUGCACGGGCAUCGUCGCGUGAUGAGUCGUCGCUCACAGCACACCGUGUCGCUGAGCGUGCCGUGGGCGCGGCUGGAGCGCCGCGCGCGCGCCUCGGACGCCACGGCGCUGGCCACCGUCACCGUGCUCACUGGCCCCGAGUUCACGAGGCGCAGGAUACUGAGAAUACUCAAAAGUGAAUCAAAUGGAGUGUUGGAUGUAUCGCUACUGCCCGACAAUUUGAGGAUGUUAGCAGAACCCUUUGAAGGAGAAGACCCUGCCUUGGAAAGCUAUCUCGAAGAAUUUAACGAAACUAAGGAGUCACUGAACGAGUUAAUCGAAGGCUUACAAGAGCUCACAGCACAAAUCGACCUGCCGCAGGACUUCGCGGACGAUCACACCAUCCUCAUCGCUGAUGACACAGUCUUCGAACACCAUACCCUGUGCGAUUGAAUUUUUAUUAAUGAACUGUUUCUAUUAUGUAAUGAAUAAUUGUGAUAUUAUAGUUAGUAUAUAAUAUUUAGGGCUGAUUUUACAAUCAAAAUAUCUUUUAUCUGAGGAAUGAGGUUUUAACAUUUUUAGGGUUCUGUAUCUCAAAAUGAAAAACCAAACCCUUAUAUGAUCACUUUGUUAUCCGUCUGUCUGUCGUGUCUGUCAAGAAAAC